GAUCAAGCGCUCCUGCUUUGAUCCCCGGUGUUCCGACCUUCAGCCGCCUCGAAUUCGGCCACUGGUUUGCGCCCACGGGAACCAGCCGUUGGAAGGAGCGGAACAUGGUUUGGGCCCCCACUAUCUGACCAGUGGCACGUAGUACAGACGUAUGACCCCGGUCUGGUGAAUCAUUUAAAGGCGCUGGACGUCACCCCUCGCGGUUUCUCCGUGGCAAAUUUCUACGAUUGCACAUUCCAUCAUUAGACCACAACACUAGGGUCCAAGCAUCAUGGCAAAUACCAGAACUCCCGCCCUGGUGGCUGUGGUGGCCGUGAUUCUGGGUAUCGUUGGAAUAUAUUUUCAACCCGCGAGGGACUUCCUUGCACAAUACGGAUUUCAUUCUCUCGGGCUGGUUUCUCCUACCCCGAUUGUCGUCGAUCCUGUCCGGAACAUCACAUACCUGGGAAGUCAGUCCUCUGGGGUUGAGCAUUUCCAUGAGAUUUUCUACGCAGAGAAUCCAUCUGGCGAACGCCGCUUUGCGCCACCAGUUCCUGUCAAGCCGACCAAAGGCUCCAUCAUCGACGCGACACGGCCUGGGGCUUGGUGUCCCCAGGGAACCGGAGAUGUGCUUCCAUUCACGAGUCAAGUGACCAAUAUCAGUGAAAAUUGCUUGAGUUUGAGGAUAGCCCGACCCAGCGGUGUGAGCAAGAAUGCCAGGUUACCGGUGGUAGUAUGGAUCCACGGAGGUGGUCAUGCCUUGGGUUCGGGGUCGGAUAUCUUAUAUACCCCAGAUGGCUUGGUUGAACAAGCUGCGGCAGACAACCAACAUUUAAUUUACGUUGCAAUUAACUAUCGCUUUGGCUUGUUCGGCUUUGCGACAAGCAAAGCAAUGAUCGAGGCCGGACAGGCGAAUGCUGGUCUUCGUGACCAGCGGGCCGCUCUUGAAUGGGUUCGCGAUAACAUUGAGGUGUUUGGUGGUGAUCCUAGUAAAGUGACUGUCCUCGGCCAAAGCGUCGGAGCCAGCGACAUUGGCCUACAUCUAACAGCAUUUGACGGGACGCAAGGGGUUCCAUUCCAGCAAGCAAUAAUGAUGUCGGGUGGCCCAGGCCUGAAUUUCAAUAGCAAGCCAGACCUUGUGGCGGAGAACACUGCAGCCAUUGCACGGCAAGUGGGAUGUGUCGAAGAUAGCGACGAUCAAUCCUUCAAGGUCCUGGAAUGCCUCCGGAAUGUUCCCUUCGAGACCCUGACCGAUCUCUCCGUCGCGGCUUCUCGCGCUGCUCGUCCACCUUUCGGCGAGGGCUUCUUCUACCCAACCAUUGACGGCGACUUUAUUCGCGAUCGGCCAUCUCAGCUGAUGCGGGCAGGUAAGUUUGUCAAAGGGAUCCCAGUGAUCGGGUCCUGGGUUACAAAUGACGGCGCUUGGUAUGCAUCGCCUCACACCUCGACGGACGAAGAUGUCUUGGCUAGCUUUGGGCGUUGGCUGGUCGGUCUUUCCAAUUCAACCAAGCAACGACUGUUGGAGCUCUACCCACGCGAGGAUUUUGAGCACAUGGUCCGACGAGACUACGACGGCCCGAUCUCUACACAAUACUACCGCGCUGCGCAAAUCAACCGGGAUAUCUGGUUCACAUGCCCGGUCCUGGACUUUACUUGGCAGUACGUCAAAAAUGGUGGCGUUGAUUCGUCCCAAGUCCGAGUGUACGAGCACAACUCCACCAGGUUCACCCCGGUAUUUGAGACGAUGGGCGUUCCGAUGUGGCGGGUUGCUCACCUGAGUGAUAUCCCGUACGCACUGAAUACCCAGCAUCUAGAAGGUGGUGCAGACAAUUCGGCCUCGCAGCUUGCCUUGGCUCGGGUUGUGAGUAGGGCCAUCACGAAUUUCGUCAAUACGGGGACCCCGGAGAAGAGUGAGAGUCAGACCGAAACAUGGCCUGCGGUCUUUUCCGGGUUAACCAGUGAAGACUUGAGUAGGGAGUCCCCAAGCAGGCUUUCCAUUCAGGUGUUUGGCGGGCCGUAUGGGACAGUCCCAGUGACUGUGGGCAGGGAUACGGAUGGGAGUAUGGCUGGUGAAGCAGAAGAGGCCAUCCAGGCGGCACAAUUGUUUCGUAGAUGUGAGUUUAUUAAUAGUGAGCUGGUGCGAGCGGAGACGGGGGUGUGAAUGCCGGGUGAUAAGACAAGACCUGGAUGAUGAUAGAUCUAGGAUAGGACAAGAUAGGAGAGGAGAGGAGAGGAGAGAGACUAGUGUGCUGAAGGCGGUGGCAUUUCUGCCGGACCGUGACAUCUUCUCACUUUCCCUCCCCUGCGCUGACUGGAUCUCAUCUUUCCUCUUGCUUUUUCCCAACCUUCGUCCUUCCCAUCGGAUCGGCUUCUUGCAGCUUUCUCGGCGCUGGUCGCAUUGUCAAUUGGCCAAGGUUUGUAGUUUGCUCCCUCCUUGUCCGUUACGUUGGACUCCCCCAACACCCCCGAGGAUCAUUUAGAUCCAUCCAUGUGCUUUGUUGGCACUUGGAGAUGGUCUGCUCGCUGCG